GUCCCAUUAUCGAUGAGCAACGGGAAGCUGCCUUUUCCGUCAGGGGAAGGUGCUCUUUGCAUAAUCAGAGGAACAUCUCCCCGAGGUGACCACGGACACGUGGUAGUGGGUGCAAUUUCAGCAGACGGUCGCAGUAUUGACCUGAUUCAUGAUCCUUUUCCAAACGGACCUGAGCCAAUGCUGUCAACUUCGGUUGAUCCGAUCUGGGCUGCCUUCUAUGUACCUCUACCUGAGUAA